CCUCACCGCCCCUUCUCAAAACUUGAUAACUAGAUACUUCUAAAAUAUCUCUCAUUUUCACUCUCUCUUCAAUUUCCUUAAAUUAUUUCCUCAAAAACACCAAACCAGAGACACAGAGCGAGAGAGGUGGCCAUGGCGGACCAGGGGAAAAUUCAGAGCACCAACACUAGUAGUACUGAAGCAGUUACCGGUCCGAUUCGGAGAGUGAUCGUCAUAUCUGCCGGCGCCAGCCACUCCGUCGCUCUGCUCUCUGGGAAUGUUGUUUGCUCUUGGGGAAGGGGAGAAGACGGGCAAUUAGGCCAUGGAGAUGCUGAAGAUCGGUUCUCUCCUACACAGUUAAGUGUAUUGGAUGAUCAAGAAAUAGUUUCUGUUACUUGUGGAGCUGAUCAUACAACUGCGUACUCCAAAUCACAAGUUCAAGUAUACAGCUGGGGAUGGGGUGAUUUUGGGAGGUUAGGCCAUGGAAAUUCUAGUGACUUGUUUUCUCCUCAACCAAUCAAAGCUUUACAAGGCCUGCAGAUAAAGCAAAUUGCUUGUGGAGACAGCCAUUGUUUGGCAGUGACUAUGGAAGGCGAAGUCCAAAGUUGGGGACGGAAUCAAAAUGGUCAACUAGGACUUGGUACCACUGAGGAUUCUCUUGUACCCCGAAAGAUUGAAGCUUUCGAGGGGAUAUUAGUCAAAAUGGUAGCCGCUGGUGCUGAACAUACAGCUGCUGUAACAGAAGGCGGUGAACUUUACGGUUGGGGCUGGGGUAGAUAUGGUAAUUUAGGUUUAGGUGAUCGAGAUGACCGCCUACUUCCAGCAAAAGUUGCAACUGUUGAGGGAGAAACAAUGGUCCUGGUAGCUUGUGGAUGGCGACAUACAAUAUCUAUUUCCUCCUCAGGGAGUUUGUUCACAUAUGGAUGGAGCAAAUAUGGCCAGCUUGGGCAUGGGGAUUUUGAGGACCAUCUAAUCCCUCAUAAGCUGGAAGUUUUACGUGAUCAUCAUAUAUCUCAAAUUUCAGGUGGUUGGAGACAUACAAUGGCUGCGACAACUGAUGGAAAACUAUAUGGCUGGGGCUGGAAUAAGUUUGGACAAGUUGGUGUUGGCAACAAUACAGAUCAUUGCUCCCCUGUGCAAGUCAAUUUUCCACUUAAUCAGAAAGUAGUGAAUAUCUCAUGUGGGUGGAGGCAUACCCUUGCUGUGACAGACAGACAAAAUGUCUUCUCAUGGGGAAGGGGUACCAACGGCCAGCUAGGGCAUGGCGACGCUGUUGACAGAAAUGUUCCAAAGAUCAUAGAGGCAUUAAGCAUGGAUGGAUCAAGCGGACAGCAUAUAGAGGCCUCCAAAGUUGACGUCUCAUCAGAAAAAAGUUGGGUGUCUCCGACUCAGAGAUAUGCAGUCGUUCCAAAUGAGAAUGUAUGUCGCGCAUUUCUGCUACUUCUAAAUUCAUCGGCUCAAGAACCGUCGAUCGGCAACAGAAACGACGCGAGUGUCCCUGAGAGCGACGUAAAAAGGAUGAGGAUUUGAGUGGUUGUGCAACAUCUAUGUAUGUAUUGAUGCCUUGGUUUCAAGGUUUAAAAUCAAUACUGUGUUGUAUAAGCACAACUGUUUGGUCGUGUAUUGGUUAAAAUCAAAGAUAAACAUCGCAGUUGGAUUAGAAUGAGGGAAACUAACAUUUGCAGCAUUGAAGUUUCUACCUGUUUAUUUUGGCAUUUUGAGCACUAAGCUUGACUUCUUUUUGUCAUUUGCAACUUAAUAUUCUUAGUAAGGUUAAAAUAGUACUAAUAGACUCUAUUUUAAUUUUGUAACGGUACUUUUUGGUGUUUGCUAUCUCAACUUGAAUAUUUAUUUAUGAUUA